UACCUUUUUAUGCUGUAGGGAAACAUCAGUGUCUACAGUUUAAAUCUGUCUGACAGAAGAUCCGAUCGAUAUCGCAUGGUAUCCCUCAUGAGUAGAUAUUUCGCUUAGCCCUCCGAGUCAGAGCGUGACUCAACCACCCCUUGCCCGGUCUUAUCAUGAUCAAUUGUCGAGGAGAGACAGGUGUUCCAGUCUAAUAUAUGGUCUGGCUGGUGCAGACCAGACGCAGACGAUACGUGUAACAGAUCGAGCGGCCUCCCGUCUCCCGCCCAGGUUUUCUUUAUUUGUCUGUGUAUCUGAUUGAUAAAUUUGUAGCCUGUACAACCCUAAAUUUUCUGCAUACCACGAUAUCACACGGCGCACAUAUGUCUCGGUUUUAAUCGGUACAGCACUGACACAGGCGGGUACGCGUUUAUAAGGGGAGGCGGGUGCCAUGUAUUUGAAGGAACGAAAUAAGAUGCCCAACUAUCCGUUUUGGCUCGGAGGCGUCGCGGCAUCCAUGGCCGCAUGCUUUACGCAUCCCCUUGACCUGGCCAAAGUGCGCAUGCAGAGUCUUGGUCCUACUGUACCAAGCCCAUCUAUGCUCAAAAUUCUGCGCCACUCGAUAUCCAACUAUGGACUUCGUAGUGUUUAUACCGGUCUCUCCGCCUCGCUUAUGCGUCAAAUGUCCUACUCGCUCGUGCGUUUAGGCAGCUAUGAGGAGAUGAAAAGAUUCAUAUCUGAGAAUGGUCAUCCUCCAUCUACUGGGAAGCUUCUUCUGGCCGCUGGCGUGGCUGGCGGUUUAGGAGGAAUAGCAGGAAAUCCAGCAGAUGUUCUAUUGGUUCGGAUGACCAGUGACUCCGUUCGUCCGCCAGAGAAGCGCUAUAAUUACCGCAACGCUAUCACUGGACUCAUCUCUUUGGUAAAAGAGGAUGGCCAGAAGGGUCUUGCACGCGGCCUCGGGACAAAUACAACCCGAGCAGUCUUGAUGAAUACAUCACAGGUUGGAUCCUAUGACUUUUUCAAAACUACUCUUUUGCAAUACCCUAUACCCUUGGUUAACUAUCAAUUCCAUGAUGGCUUCUUCUUGCACGUAGUUGCAAGUCUUGCAGCCGGAACAUGCGGCACGACCGUGUGCUCUCCUGCUGAUGUCAUAAGGACAAGGAUCAUGGGCUCUUCUGGAAAUGCUAGUCCAAUAGAGGUCCUAGUCCGUUCCCUGCGCGAGGAAGGUCCCGCAUUCAUGUUCAAAGGCUGGACGCCCGCUUGGAUGCGUCUUGGCCCUAACACCGUCCUGAUGUUCGUCUUUUUCGAGCAACUGAAACGUGGCUGGUCCUCCUUGGUCCCCUCAUAAUCUAUAUUCAAUUUUGCUGCACAUCGUCGGGCACACAAUACCUCAUGUCUUCAAGUUGUCGGAUUGACGCUUGGACAUUCACAUGAAUGCCAUUAAGACGCUAUAUGAUAUAUCCUAGACAUAUAACCUUGGAUUUAUAUCACUUUCACACUCUAUUCACUGAGGUGGAUGCUGACUCGAACUCACAAUAGCUAGCCUGGCGGAAAGGUAGAAUAGUUACAUACUUGGGACAAGCUUAGGAUUUGCGAAUUUUCUCAACCAACAGCUACUUAUCACAGUACCUGGUGCCGUCGCGCACGCAACCAAGAAAUCUAUGUAUCAAUUCUUUGCAGCGCCGUUAUUUCGCGGUUAGCGUCUG